AUGGCCAAGAGUGUGCGCGCCAGCGUCUCCAAGCGCAACCGCGCCAACCUUCGCAAGUCCUUCUUUGGCCCUGUCGUCGAUGCCCGAACUGAACGACUCGCCACCAAACUACAAGAACUCGCCGACCAACCUCGCCCGGAGAAGAAGGCAAUGGAAGUGGAAUCUUCUGCGGCCGAACAAGAUGGCAAGACAGCUGCGACUAGCGAAGAUAUGGACGUCGAUACUAAGCCCUCCUCCUCAACUCGAUCUCACAAGUCCGGCCGCGUGCAAAAGCAGCGCAAUCGCAAACCCCGCAACUCCAUGGUGUUUAAGCCCAAGACCUCUGGCAAGGACAAGAAGGGCUCGAAGAGAAAGUGA